AAGAAAAAAGGACACGGAGUAGGUGGCACGACGCCGUUUUGUUUCCUCUAAGAUAUAGAAGGAUUUGUUCAGAUCAAGAUCUGAAGAAUCGGAAUUCAAGAAUUUAGAAUCCCUGCAAAAAUGUCUUACUACCCGAAAGGCCACCACGAUGACGACGGCGCUGAAUUUGAUGAGUACGAUCCAACUCCUUAUGGUGGUGGAUACGACAUUGCUUUGACUUACGGUCGCCCACUUCCGCCAUCUGAGGAAACCUGUUAUCAGCCUUCCUCAGCUUCUGAUGAGUUCGACUAUGAUCGUCCUCAGUACACUUCCUAUGCUGAGCCUUCUGCUUAUGGUGAUGAGGCUCUUGAUAAUGAGUACCAGAGCUAUUCAAGGCCCAAGCCUCGCCCCACUCCUUCCUAUCGUCCAUCUGAGGAAAGUCAUACUUAUGAGCAGCCUCAAGCUGAUUAUGGGUUUCAGCCUGGGGUGAAUCGCCCUGGCGGAGAAAGUGAGUAUGAAGAAGAUCCCACACCAGAAUAUGGAUCUGGAUAUGGGAGAAAGAGUGAGUAUGAAGAGCCUAAACCCCAGUAUGGAUCUGGGUAUGGAAGGAAGAGUGAGUACGAAGAGCCAAGUUCCGAGUAUGGAUCUGGGUAUGGGAGGAAGAGUGAGUAUGAAGAACCCACUCCUCAAUAUGGAUCUGGGUAUGGCAGGAAGAGUGAGUAUCAAGAGCCAAGUUCUGAGUAUGGGAGAAAGAGUGAAUAUGAAGAACCGACUCCCCAGUAUGGAAGGAAAAGCGAGUAUGAAGAACCCGCUUCCGAAUAUGGAUCAGGGUACCGGAAGAAGAGUGAAUAUGAGGAGCCAAGCUCGGAAUACGGGUCGGGUUAUGGGCGUAGGAACGAAUCCGAAGAAUAUGGAUCUGGUGGGUAUGGCAGGAAGCCGAGCUAUGGACAAGAGGAAGGUGAGAGGCCCAGUUAUGGGCGUCCAAGCUACCAGGCUGAGGAGGGCGAAGGGUACGAGAGGCCUCACUAUGGAAGGUCCGAGGAGGAGGACUACAAGAAGCCCAGCUACGAGAGGCGUGGUGAUGACGAUGAGGGCUAUGGUCGCAAGAAAUAUGGUGAGGACAACUCCGACGACGAUGACGAGGAGAAGAAACAUCGCCACCACCACCGCAAACACUACGAUGAUUGAGCAGAGUGCUUUAUGAUCAUCUGAACCAGAUUAAUGCCAUACUAAAAAACUAUCACUACUAAAUAAAAGUUGGCAUGUUUGUGCAAAUGUUUUUCUUGCGUGUUUGCUAUGGAUGUACUUUUUUUGUUAUUUGUGUGAGGUAUAUUUUGCUCCUCUUUACUGAAAAACAAUAUUCCAGACAUUUGUCAGGGUAAAUAUGCCAUGAAUGCAUAAACUCUGUGAUUGAUCGUUAUGUUAUAUGUCCUGGAUCUAUGUUUCUAGUUUUCA